UUGUAAUCUGUAGCCUUGGCAACUGGAUUAGUUGUUUGGUUGUAUCCAUAUCUUUCAUUGGAAAAUUAAAAUUGGUUUGAAGCUAAUCAAGCGAAGAAUUUGUGAGUAUUUCUUUAGGGUACUUACUCCAACGGCAACUCAAAUAACUGUUCAAUUCGCAUACAACAAUUCAUAUUUUUCAUGAAACUUGAGCCUAAAAGACAGACACCGAAAAAGCAGAAAAGAAGGAGCCAACAGGAUGGUGACGAAUUCGAGCCUGUUUUUCGUGAUGAAGUAGAUGAAUAUGGGGUCCGUACGACUCUAAAGCCUGAAGACCAACUUCAGUUGACUGAACAGGAAUUAAAGGAAGAGAUUACUCGGGUUCUGACUGCCGCCAAUCCUCAUGCACCUCAAAACAUUGUGAGGUAUAACUUCAAAGAGGCCCAAUAUGUACAAGUACCUCAGGUGGAUCAAAUGGCUGUUCAUUUUUGGCAUGAAAGUUACGUGCUUUCUCUCGACUCGGAUGAAGCUAGAAGACAAGUAGCCAGAGACGUUACUAUGCCGGCUGAAGAAUCACCAUUAGAAGAAGAAGGCAAAGAGAUUGUUUCCGCUGUAAAGGAAAGUGAUGCUCAGUUACCUCAAAAGAAACUCCCCAACCAAUUCAACUUCUGUGAGCGAUCAACCCAAACAUACAAUCUUCCUCAGAGAAAUAUAGGAAACAUGACAGAGCCUCCUCCAAGGGCGAACUUUUCAGUCAACGUUACCCAGUGGGUGAUUUAUGAUGACUACAUUGAAGAUUUUGAAAGGCAGCAGGAGAAAAAUAAAGAUAAGAAAUCGGCAGGUGUGGGUCGUAAACAGGAGACCAAAACGAGCAAAAAAGUCAUUACCGGAGACAUACAGGGAGAUGAACUUAGUCGAUUUGCACAACCCCUUAAAAUUGUUGAACGGAUGAUCAAUCAGAACACACAUGAUGAAGUUGCUCAGGAUUUUAAGUACUAUGAAGACCCAUCGGACGAAUUUAGAGACAGUCAGGGUACCUUAUUACCCUUGUGGCUAUUCUCUUUUGAAAAGGCAAGAAAACUUGCUGUGACAUCACUAUGCUGGUCACCUCAGUACGAUGAUCUAUUUGCAGUUGGUUAUGGGUCAUAUGAUUUUUUGAAACAGUCUAACGGUCUCAUUUGUUUGUAUACAUUAAAAAAUCCAAGUUACCCAGAAUAUCAUUUUGAAACAGAAUCGGGCGUACUUUCAUUAGACUUACAUUCAUCAUUAUCGUAUUUGCUUUGUGUUGGAUUUUAUGAUGGAGCAGUUGGAGUUUAUAGUAUAAUUCAAGACAAAAAUGUACCAUUAUAUUUAAGUACAGCAAAAACUGGUAAACAUACAGAUCCUGUAUGGGAAGUUCGCUGGCAACCGAAUGAUUUAGAUGCAAAUUUAAAUUUUUUCUCUAUUAGUGCAGAUGGGCGAGUUACAUCAUGGACACUAAUUAAAAAUGACAUGGGUAAAUUUGAUGCAGUGAUACUAAAGAUGAUAGCAAAUUCUAAAGAAAAUAUUGAACGAUCUCGAACGAUCACGUUAGAUUGUGGUACAGCAUUUGAUUUUCAUCGUACACAGAAUCAUAUAUUCCUUGUAGCAACAGAAGAAGGAAUGGUGUUUAAAUGUAGCAAAGCAUAUACAUCUCAAUAUUUAGCCACUUAUGAAGCUCAUCAUAUGGCUGUUUAUCGUGUGGCUUGGAAUUGUUUUCAUCCUGAUAUAUUUAUUACAUGUUCAGCCGAUUGGACAGUUAAAAUAUGGGAUCAUUCAAAGAGUACUCCAAUGUUUACAUUCGAUUUAGGUUCACCAGUUGGUGAUGUUGCAUGGGCACCAUAUUCAUCUACUGUAUUUGCAGCAGUCACAGCUGAUGGUCGUGUUCAUGUUUAUGAUAUAUCAAUUAACAAAUAUGAACCUUUAUGCAAUCAAUUAGUAGUAACAAGAAAGAAUACAAAAUUAACGCAUAUUGCAUUUAAUCCAAAACAUUGUAUCAUUAUUGUAGGUGAUGAUCAUGGUCAAGUGAAUAGUUUGAAGUUAUCACCGAAUUUACGCAAAUUUCCUAAGGGAAAGAAAGGUGCUGAAGUAGUCAGAGGACCAGAUAUUGAAAUUAAAAAGUUAGAUAAAAUCUUGUCUUUGGUUGGCUAGGAUACUCAAUCAAAGGAGGAUAAAAAUAAGUGGAUGAAGAAACUCAACAUUUCUUAUGUCAUAAAUUAAAUUCAUAAACUUAGUGAAAAAUAGCCUGAAUUAUUAAUAAUGUAUCCUAAAU